GAAUGUAUGGCGGAAAACCGUGACUGGAGAAAGUGUCAGGACGUUGUACGCCAGUUCCAAACCUGCAUGGAAGAAAGCACAAAACGCAGGGCCGUGCAAUAAUACGCCAAAAGAUGUCAGCUGUGCAGCAGCCUUGGGGUCGGCACUCCGAUGAAGCAGAAUUUGGCGCCGGCAAGAGCGAGUUCGAAGACAACUUCUGCCCGUCCAGGGCUUUUCCGGACAGCGAGGACUACGUAGCAUCCUUAGAGUCUAAGUUGGCCAGGCUGAAAGGGAAGGGCAGGGACGUGACGGCCAGGGAGAUGCUCGGCGUGCUCGGGGAAGCGAGGCAGGACCACACGGGGCGCCUGCUGAGCACAGACCCCGACGUGGCGCCCGGGGCGACAGCAUACCUCCCGGGAGAGGACUGCAGCGACGCUCCAGUGCGCUCCAGCUACCUCGAGAAGAGGCUGUUUCCAGAGAGGCAAGCCUUGACGCAGGAGGAGCUGAAGUACCUCCUCGAGGCGGAUUUCCUCGGAAAGAGUGCAGCAGCCGAGAACUCCACAACGGCCGAGAGGAGCAGGGCAAGCUUCUCGAGCGGCGAUUCGGAGCCCAACCGAUGAAGCAGACGGCAGUCUGUCCUUUGCUGAGCUCGCUCUUGUUUCCUGGUCAAUCUAAGGAUGGUUUAUGUUUACGUUUAAGUCUACGGCAAUUUGUUGAAUAAAUAGACACUGUGUCUUUUUAUGUUGAGAAUCUUGC